AUGCCCACAGCACGCCAGGUGUCCCUCGUCCAAAAGCUGCGGUGGCAUGUCAGCGGCAACAUCUCACCCACUGCUUUUGCCAUCGGAGAUGUCGAUGGUCACGGCGUAAGCAUCAAAGACUGCGUGUUCCUUGCUGAGCUCCAAAAAAAAGUGCUUUGCCCGUUCUACGGACGAGGAGCGUUGAGAGGUAUUACUGCGGUGGCGAUUGGCGAUAUCAGGAAUUGUGGCAAGAACUCGAUUGUCGUGCUGAGCGCGGAGGGACUCUGUCAUAUCUUUGACAUUACAGAACUUGAUGAUGACCACGGAUAUCAGUCGUCGACUGGCGCCGCCCAGUCGCCAGGGGGAAUGUUGGCAGGGCCAGGAUCUCGCAACACCUCCAUCCCCGACAUUCAUAAUCCCCACCGGAGUCACUCUACUAGUCAUCCAAACCACGGAACCCCACCAUUACCACCGGCACCUCAGAAUACACCGCAUGGAUCGUCAUCGUCCUCUGUCGCUGGCAAUCAUCAUGUGUCAGGCGCGACUCCAGUUCAUUCACAAGUCGGCAGUAUUCAAGGAAACGGAGCGGGAGCGAGGCGCGGCUCAGAGAUGUACUCAGGGAAAGGACGCAAACUCAAAAAGGCCCUCCACGAGUACUCGACACAACACAUUCGGGAAAACUCAGACGGCGAUGGACUGAACGAGCUUGUGUUGGCGAGAACGGAUCGGAUAUUGCAUUCAUACGCCCUCCAGUCCGGAAAGACUGCUUCACCUACAGGACCUACUCAUCCUCAGAACCAACCCUUGAAUCUGGCCAAACUUCUCAGUCGCACAAGCAGCGUGUCAACGUUAGACAGCAGUGGCCUUCUUUCGCCCUCAGAAGAUAGACGCGAAGCGGUGAUUCACUACCCUUCAAUGUCUUCAGUUGGACGACAGUAUAACGGUGGACCAUCAGGCGCAGGGGUUGGUUCUGGUUCUGGUCAAGGCCAAUCUGAGGCGCAAGAUGGCAAUGAACCUUCGGCACGCUUAGCACUUGCGGAGAAGAAGAGAUGGGCACUAGAUGGACAGAUCCACUGCCUAUCAGUCACCAAAGACACACAUUCUGGACUGCCGAUUCUACUUGUCGCCCAACCUGGACUCAAGUUUGUGAUGGUGGACCACGCAGGAAACAUGUCGGAGCCUAUCACUCAGAUCCAGAGGAGCCCAUCUAACUUGUUGAAUGUGUCAGGACCGGAUACUCCGACUCGUGGGGCCGGAAGUGGCGAUGUGGCUACCGAUAUCGUGUGUGGCACCCACUAUGUUGACGGAGAAAAGAAGGAUAUCAUUGGUUUGAUGUCCAUGGAUGGCGCGUUUGCAUUGCACGAUCUCGAGAACAACACAGUCAAGGUCCACGAUCUUGAUUCGACUCACAAGAUUUUUGGGUUCUCUAAGCUCAACUUUGGCAAGGAGUUUUUGGAGCGGAAGGCGCGGGAACCUAGAAAAUCUCGCCCGAGCUAUGGCAGGACCAGCAGUCGAUAUGCGGAAGAAAUUUAUUCUGAUCGCGGAGACGACGACGACGACGAUGACGAAGCCGGAUACCACGACAGCGAAGAUGGCGAGACGCUGGCUGAUCAUGGAGAGUACAGUGAUGAAGGCCACGACAGUGCCCGCCAUUGUGAACGACCCAAGUCGAGGAAACCAAGGACUUCUACGCCGUCACUACUGAUCUCCGAGCCAUAUGGAUCGAGAUUCCAGAAGAACGACAUGUUUGUAGGCUGUUCAUGGAGCGGCAUCACGUUCUUCAUCGACCAGGAGUUCAACACUGCACAGUAUGAUUUCGAUGCUCGUGUCUGUGCCUUUGGAGCAGGUCAAUACGCUGUGACACCUGGUCGAAACGAGCCAUGUUUGUUCUACGUGGACUUUGAGGACAACAUCUACGUCUACUACAACUUGUACAUACAAACGGAACCUUCGGUGCAAUUCCAGGAUAUUGUAAAAGCGGAUGCCUCGCUGGUUGGCACAAGCCAAAAGUUGCACUCGGAGCAGAAUGAGGCCUCAUUAGCGAAGGCAGCCAUUCAUGGAUCAGAGGAGGAAAAGCAGAACGAUGAAAAUGAAACGACAGCACCAACACCUGCUCCCUCAGACAACAAAAUCCCACCAGCUUCGACUUGGACUGAGCAGGACAUGAAGGGUUUCAUCCAUGACUCGCUGUACGACGUCAAUCGCUACGAGGAUGAGUUCCAGCGGCUGAAGCGACUGGCCAACAUUGAGCGAACCAAAAUGGCUGCAUUCUUUGAGGCAGAGGCGAAGAAGGAGCAAGAGAAGGAAGAGGCGAAGCACAGGGCACUGGCUCAGGCUGUUACCACAGCGUCACUCGCAAGCAGCGCCGGAGGGUCGCUUGAGUAUCCUGAUCCGCGAAUGCGCCGCCCGCCUCACGUUCUCACCAUCGACACCUCCGAAGGCCCUGACCAACUACGAUCCAACCCUCAGCAGCGCUCACAAGGGGGAGCUAUCUCUGGAACACGCGAACAGUUUUCUUUGCAGGAAAUACAAGGCGACUCUAGCACUUUGUCCUCUCAAUAUACCCAAUCGCAGCAACCGUCGGAUCCUUUAGGUUCAUCACAUUCGCCAGUAUCUCACGCCUCUCCGUCGUCUCCACCGUCCAAGAUGGAACACAACCCGAAACGAAGACCAUCAUUGUUGAUUAAGGACGUCCUCUCUCACUACCAAGGAGAGAUCACCCCGCCUAUGAAGUCUCCGACCUCGCCGUCAGCCUCAUCCAGCCAUUUCUCAAAGGGCCACAAGAGUAGUCCUUACGCUGCUGCCGGUUCAACAGCCUCCUUAACCAACAUCAUGAAGCGGUUCAGCCUUAAAGAUCUCGGAAAUGGAGGACGUCUUUCUCUGUCGUCGCAGAGCAGUGGAAGCAGUAGUAGCAGCAGUGGUAGCGGGAGCAGUCCCAGCACGAUUGUUCAGGGGGGUCAUCCACUUUUGGGCGCACCGGUGUUAAGCAAAGGAAAGGCUUUGGAGACGCGGGUCGUCAAGCCUCUACGUACACAUCGUCCAGUAGGUGUUCCACGGAGCCGACCUCUCGGUGUUAUGGGGCGCAAGUUGGCAGCGGCAAAGUCUCGUCUUUCAUUGCCACAUGAUCGGGACGAUGAUUCCGAAGAGGAGGAGGAGGAAGAGGAGGAGGCUGAGAAUGAGCAAGCACCGUCGGAGGAUGGGACUGGGGAAACGGACGGAGACCACCUCUUGGAGUUUGAUCACUCUUCACGGAAGAGUCUGGGCGAUGAUGAGGACCAACGUGAGCUGGACGAUGGUUCCGAGUUAACAGCCGAGCAAGCCUACAGUCGGUCACGGAACAACGAGGAGAUUGACGAAGAGGAUUUUCAGGGCGUCUACACACCAUCGACAAUAUCGCCUAUUCCCUCCCCAGGACGAUUCUAUGGCCAGCAACAAGGCAGCAUCGCGGAGCCCAGUCCUAGUCUUGAAGGUUCUGUAUUCAUGCUUGCCAAGAACCUCUUGUCGCCUUCCAACCGGUCAGGACAAAGUGCCAGCUCCACCGCGGCAGGAAACACGGUUGUAGUCGGAAGAAGCUCGCGCCAUCAUGACAACGAUUACAGCCAGGGAGCACCUCCGGGUUCUUCCUCACGAGGCCAUAGACGACAGCGGUCUGGGCAUGGACUUUUGGAUGCUGGACUCGGUCUCUUGCCCACGCGUGAAAUCGUCGCCUCCAGCGGCCUCAGCUCUGGACCCAACAGUGCAGGUCACAAUAGCAUCCCAGACGGAAGGCGCUCGAGAGCAGAGUCUGUUUUGAGUACAGGAUCGGACAUCGGAGGAAUCAUUGUCCCUGACAUUACGCUUUUAUCGUCCUCUAUUCCCAACCAAACGCCGAUCCAACUUUCGACCUCUGAGCCGACCGGUCAUGCGAUGGCUAUGCCGGAUGUGUACGAUAACAAUGGCGAUGAUGACGGCAGUGGGUUUGACUUAGAUGGUCAAGAUUUGGAUGAGGGUCGGGAACGGCCCUCCACAAUGGAUAGUGACGAUGCCCCGCAUCCACUUAGACGAUCAGCAACUCAUGGCCCUAAUGAUCGAACAAAUCGCGGAUCUGGAUCUGGAACCGAGUCGGGGGGAGCGAAAACGACCGGCAGUUUGACCAGCCGAACCUCUGGCAGCUCACGUAGCCCUAGCACGAAGGGGGUCGAUGUCAAGCUGAUGCCGGCGCCUUUGCCGCGCAGCAACCAGCAUUAUCAGCGACAGCAACAGGAGCAGUUAGGGUCGUCUGGCAGCCUCACAGGGAACGCCACCGCUCCUACUUCUUCUUCCGGCCAUGUCUCGUUCUCAUCCAACACACGAUCUAACAGCAGUGGCAGUCAUGGAGGACACGACGACCAGAGCUGCCAAGGAGGAGUUCAUGAAGGAUUUGGCCAUGGUCUCAGCGGCAAGUCGUCCUCGACUACAUCAUCGACACACUUAUCCGAUUUUGGAUCAGGACCGUCAUCUCCAAUGGCAGCCACAAUAGUGCCCACCAACACGAUUUUGUCCAACCCGGCUCUGAACGGAUUCAAGGGGUUUAGCAUCAUGUCGAUCCCUGUGACAUCGCCUUCGGCCUCGAUCGCGUCGGCGCAGCACCAAUAUUUUUCGACAUCACAUUCACACCAACUCCCUCCCAGCUCGUCUUCAUCGGCUCACCGCGCUGGACAUCCGCAUGACCUUGGCCAUGGGUUCGAGGACGACAGAGCAUCGAUUCGGUCACGGACGUCGACAUAUCGCAGCCUAUUAGAUGAUGGGAACGACAUCUCAUCAGUUUUGGCCGCUGCAACUGCAGCGAUGGUGGGCGGCGCUGGUGGCAGCCAGCAGGGUGACCACGCGAUCUAUGGGCUGUCACCCGCAACGUCGUCGACAGGCCACUUGGUCUCGGACUCGUUGGUGCGACGACUGGAAGAGCUGCAGCAGCAGGACCAGGACCAGGAGGAGAGACAGCGUCAACGAGAGCGUGAGAAGGAGAAGGCCAGGACAUCGUCAUCGUCGUCGUCUCAGAAUCGACCAGUGGGGCUCUCGAGAGCAAACAGUGGCGCCAGUGUCCAGAGUUCUGUCAGCCAUCGAGUGUCAAACCCGCCCUCCUCUGGGCACGGUGCCGAUUUGACCGCUACUACACCUAUACCUACACAUAUGACAUCAACGUCGACAACAACCACGACAACGACGACGACAAGUACACCGUCUGUGAAAGUCAGUUCUGGAUCCUCCCGGAGUAAUUGGGACGACGACCACGAUGCCAUCAGGCGGGUCAGGAACCGGCCAGGGUAUGCUCAGGACAUUUAA